AUGGCAUCAAAGCUCCAUCAGCUAAAAGCAAAGGCCAAUCAAGUGACGCAGUUUGUUGCCGAGCAUGGAACUGCAUACUACAAGAAGCUGUUAGAGGAGAACAAGCAAUAUAUACAGGAGCCACCUACGGUAGAGAAAUGUAAUCUAUUAUCGAAGCAGCUGUUUUAUACUCGCCUUGCAAGUGUUCCCCUUCGUUACGAGGCAUUCCGGAAGGAACUCGAUAGUGUUAAACAUCUGCGGAGGCGUAGAGGGGACUUGAAGGUGGAGGACGUUGGCAUCGCCGCGUUGUUUGGUCUGGAAUGCUACGGAUGGUUCUGCAUAGGCGAGAUCGUGGGACGGGGAUUCACCAUCGCCGGCUACCAUGUCUGA